CAAAUCCGAACCCGUGACAAAUACAACAAGACUCCCCGUCUGCCAUGAGAUACUCCGCACUUUGGAGAUCUUUGGGGGCCAUGACCUGCGGAUCCCUGGUCACCUACUUGAGCCUGCGGCUUUGCGAUGGCCAGAGGUCCUCCUUUUCCUCGAGUGGAGGGGGAGAUGGCCAGAGGGAAGCGGAGCCGCUGGCCAAUGGCGCCUGGCAGCACCACUGGGACCUGCAGAAGCCGCAGCUGCAGAAGGUGGCCAGCGGGCAGGAGGCCUCCGCCCUGCGACACAUCGUCCUGGUGCGCCACGGCGAGUACACGAGGAGCGCGGCGGGCAGCCACCUGACGGAGCUGGGCAAACGGCAGGCGGAGCGGACGGGCGAGCGGCUGCGGGAGAUGGACCUCAGCUGGGACCACGUGGUGGCCUCGACGAUGCCGCGGGCCGAGGAGACGGCCAUGAUCAUCCUGAAGCGGCUCAACCUGGACCCGCUGAAGCUCAGGCGCUGCACGCUGCUGCCCGAGGGAACGCCCUACCCGGGGGACCCGCCCUCGAAGAAGAGCCCCCGCAGCCUGGAGCUGGCCUUGCAGCGCGACGGGCCGCGGAUCGAGGCCGCCUUCAGGCGGUACUUCUUCCGGGCCAGUCCGGAGCAGCAGCACGACUCGCACCUGCUCAUCGUGGGCCACUCGAACGUGAUCCGCUACCUGGUGCUGCGGGCCCUGCAGCUGCCGCCGGCCGCCUGGACGCGGCUCAACCUGCACCACGGCUCCAUCACCUGGCUGACCGUGUGGCCCUCGGGCUAUGUGACCCUGCGCUGCCUGGGCGACUCCGGCUUCCUGCCCGUCGCCGAGCUGACCCACCGACGGCCACCGAAGUCGGCGGAGGGCAGCCAGAGCCCCUGAGCCGAGCAACUCGAACUCCUGAUUAAAGAACCCGACUUGGGCACGAACUCAAA